AUAAAGGAUCUUUUUCAGAGAAAUGAUCAGAAAGAAACACACCGAGAUCUUCGUUUCUCCGGUUUCACUUCCUCCUAUUUCCUCCGUUUCUUGUAUAUAUAUCGUUGCUCAAGCGUCCCAGCACAUCUGGUGAUAUCCUUCCCACUUUUGAUUUCAUUCCCCCUCCCUGAUGGCGCCCGAUAGCUUCACCGAUAAGAACGUUGUCUUCAGAAAACUGAAGGCGAAGUCCGAUAAUAAGAUGUGUUUCGAUUGUAAUGCGAAGAAUCCAACUUGGGCGUCCAUCACUUAUGGGAUUUUUCUCUGCAUCGAUUGCUCGGCUGUUCAUCGCAGUCUUGGUGUCCACAUAAGUUUUGUGAGAUCUACGAAUUUGGAUUCAUGGACCCCUGAGCAACUAAGAACGAUGAGCUUUGGAGGAAAUAAUCGUGCACAGGUUUUCUUUAAGCAACAUGGUUGGACAGACGGUGGUAAAAUAGAGGCCAAGUAUACAUCUAGAGCUGCAGAGUUGUAUAGACAGAUUCUUUCGAAGGAAGUUGCUAAAAGUAUGGCCGAGGAGGCUGAUUUGCCAACAUCACCUCUUGCUUCUCAGUCUGUACAAACUUCUAAUGGACCUCCUGAGGUUAAAACCAAGGAAGAACCAAAAGAGAACAUUGCGGGGAAGACAGAAAUGCCUGAAAGCUCUGCAUCACCAAGAGCUUCACAUGCAAUUGUUUCUUCUGCUGUAAAGAAGCCUAUUGGUGCAAAAAAACCUGGGAAGAGUGGUCUUGGUGCCCGGAAGCUUUCUAAAAAGCCAAGCGAGUCUCUCUAUGAGCAAAAGCCAGAAGAACCACCUGCUCCAGUUUCUUCCUCAGCAAAUAGCAGUUUGCUUGCUGGGCCACCCCUGACAUCUCGUUUUGAGUAUGCUGAUGAUGUCGAGCCUUCUGAGUCAAACUCUGGAGGGUCUCAUCUAAUUAGUCAUGUGGCUCCACCAAAGUCAUCAAGUUUCUUUGCAGAUUUUGGAAUGGACAGUGGUUUUCCAAAGAAAUAUGGAUCAAAUUCCUCAAAAGUGCAAGUUGAAGAAUCUGAUGAAGCGAGAAGGAAGUUCUCAAAUGCUAAAUCUAUUUCUUCAGCCCAAUUCUACGGGGAUCAGAACAGAGCCACAGAUGUGGAUGCUCAAGUUACUCUGUCUAAGUUUUCAGGUUCAGCUGCCAUCUCCAGUGCUGAUCUUUUUGGCCAUUCGGAUGACAAAUCCUCCAUUGAUCUCACUGCUAACGACCUCUUAAAUCGACUGUCCUUCCAGGCUCAGCAGGAUAUAUCUAACAUUAAAAAUAUUGCGGGGGAGACCGGAAAGAAGCUCAGCUCCCUGGCCUCCAAUUUGUUAACGGACCUUCAGGACAGAAUUCUUUAAUUCUGUAUGUUCUGUAUUCAACCAGAGAGAAUCUUUGGAGUUUGUAAACAAUACCAGCCAGUUAUGUUUGAAUGUAACAAAAGAGUUCAAUGCUUAAUUGUACAAUUUUCUGGGGAACAAAAGAUGUAGCUUUGAGGCUUGUGGGCGGUCUGCUUUUUAUAUAUGUAGCACAGGUAUUUUUGAGGUUGCCAAUAUAUUUAGGUUUUUUGUAAGGCAAAUCUUACUUACGCCAGCUUGCAAUGAGCUCAUCGGUGUCAUGUGUAUUGAAUAGAGAAUGACUAAUCUUUACAUUUUUAACUUUUGA